AUCACCCUCCAUUAUCACUCCUUCGACUCCCAGUACUACAUACGAACUCCGCUCUCUAUGUCACACUCGACAUACUCUACUUCGCCUAUAGAUAUUAAAUCUUCUAUAUACAUCACCAUCUCCAAUUCGACAUAUAACCCGUCGCUUCGAUAUCUAAGUUAAUUGACUACCCAUUCGAUUCGAUUUGAAGCACGCGAUAAGCGGCAAGAAUAAACAAAAUGGACAACGGCGACGGCGACGGCGACUCUGGUAAUAUCUUCUCAACAUAUCCCUUCUCAUGGGUCUUGGUUCCGCUCAUCAUAUUUGUCGGUGGCGGAACGCUGCUCAUGUGUUACCGUUACCGUCGACGCAGAAAGCUGCGCAUGCUUUACGGUACCAACGCCUUAGAACAAGAUAUAGAAGCGAUGGGGCGGCGACCGAGGCAGAGGCCGCCGAACGAGCGACGGGAACGUGGACAAAGGCGAGGGUUAGGCUUUGGGUUUGGUAGUAGGGAGGAGGGGUUGAACGAGUUGGGCGAAGCGCCGCCGGCCUAUACCGCACCGCAGAAACAACCCGAAGACACGGAGGGCGUAGAGUUGAGACCCAUACCACAACCACCGGAUAUCACAAAUACGGAGGGCGCUAGUACAAGCAGACCACCCGCUUACGAAGAUUUACAACAAGGAGCGGACCAGUCCGAAACCCAAUCCGCUGCGCCGACCUCAACUUCGAAUUUACCGGAACCGCCCCCAAGAGCGGUCUUAAGCUCGAGUUGAAUUAUAUAUUUGAAGUAAAAUACGAGUGAACGGGACAAUGUAUCUGCAUACGGCAAAGGAGUUAGGGGAUAGCAUAUUGAUUGGGUAAUUUUAAAGUUUUAAUGGGAUCCUGAAGCCCGGGAUCAAAGGGGAUAUGAUAUGUCGAACGGCGAUUCAACAUAUUGGUGUAUUAGGUUGCAUAGAUCAUUGGCCUCCGCAUGGUGGAAAUAGUCAGUCUCGCGUGGCAU